AUGAGCCAAGGUCAACCACAGUCGAUUAUUACACAGGUGUCCCAGGACGACCAGGGCGGUGCUGGUGCGUUGCUUGGACAAGAUGGGUCGUAUAUUGACUAUGAACAGUACAAUGAGGAAGAUACAUUGAUUCAUUUGAAUAUCCAAGAGAAGCCGUACUAUAUUACGCGUACGCAAUUGAUGUCUUUACCGGAGUCUCUAUUGCUUUGUCUUUUCCCCAGUGGUGUUUUCAUGUCCAGGGAUGGGCAAAUUAUCACGAACUUGACGCCAGAAGACGAGGUGUACAUCCCAUCCUUCUCGACGGAAUGCUUCGAGUACAUAAUGGAUGUGUACAACGAGGCGCACAACGACUACUUGAACUUUCCCGUGAACGAGAUAUUCAACCGGAAGCCUCCUGGUGGGAGUGCUGGGGGCGGAAGUAAGUUCUUUGGGUUUGGCUCUUCGAGCAGUUCAUCGUCGUCGCAGGAGUCUGAGAUUUUGCACGAGAAGCCGGGCAUCAUUGUUCUUAGGGAGGAUUUAGACUACUACUGUGUUCCGCAGUGUGCCAUAGAGUACGAGGAGGGGACAACAGACUCAGAGAAGGAGUCGUUGCUACACGGUAUAAUGAUGCAGAUCAAAAUGGCUGCUGGCAGUCAUUUGUUGGGACAAACGUCGGUGUUUCUUGGUUUGAAGUCGUCUAAUCGGGUGAAGAAGUCCUCGGCAAAAUCAUCGACUACGACCCCUGCGUCUCCUAGUAAUAGCAGUAACAAUAGUGCCGCCAGUAGCAGCGCCGCUACCACCACCACCCCGAAAUUGGGGGCUGCAGAACAGCAUCUAAUGGACAUGCUUUGUUCUUCUGGGUUUGAGCCAGACUCGGUAUGGGGUAACAGGUACCAAGAAGUAGACAAAACCGUUAUCAGUUCGUUAUCUCUCUGCAGAAUCGCCAACGAGACUACAAGUGAGUUCAGAGAAAUGGUGGCUCAAGCCAAGGCAAAGUACGAAGACGACCAACGGAGCAUUGCAUCCUCAAAUAACGGUGCAGAAUUUUCACCUCUCUCAAAGACUCCUUCGGCAACGCAACUUACACCAACAGCUUCUCGUACGGAGACCAAGCGCAGGUCCAGGCUGUCAGUACUAACUGACAACGUCCGCUCCAGAUCCAGGUCUAGAAACAGAUCCGCAUCCAGACAACGGGCCAACGAGCCACCAACGUUGUACGAACUUGUUCCAAAGCCCGAGAUUAAUACUAAGCUACUAUUGUUCUGGAAGAAACCAGCAAGAAAGUGUUGGUGGAGCCAGGAACUGAUCAACCUAGCCAUUGAUUUGCCAGCAACGUUUGAAAACGGCGUCUUGAAAGUAAGCAAGGACACUUCGCAGGUGCAUAAAUUUGAAAUUCCCGUCAAGAUACACAUCAGAAGGGUGUGGACUUUAGAACUCUCCAUUAUUGGUAUGCAGUGA